GACGAAGGAUGGUUAAGGCCUUGGGCUCAGCUGGUGAGGCCAGCUAGCGCGCACGCGCAGAUAAGAUUUGUAGUGUUCCAGCGAUGGGGUGCAGGGCGAGAUUGCCUCUGGCUGGGGACCUUUCAGAAUCUCAUUCUGGCUUCCCAAUUCUAAAAGGUUUUGUCUCUCUUCAUUGGGUAGUUGCUAACCUUGACGUCACCUUUUAAAGGGGACAAUACAUUUAUUUCGCAAAUCACAGAGAUCUCUAUUUGGCAAGUUAACACAGGAAUUUAGAUCAGUAGCCGCUGAUCGAAGGUCAUGGAAGAUCUUGCUGUUUGGUGCAAUAAACGUAGUGUGUACUGGUUGCCUGCUUAUGUGGUGCAGUUCUACAAACAGUAUAGCUUUAACUGCAUAUACCUACCUAACAAUCUUUGAUCUUUUCAGCUUAAUAACAUGCUUAAUAAGUUACUGGGUAAUGAUGAAGAAGCCCAGUCCAGCCUAUUCGUUUGGGUUUGAGAGAUUUGAAGUCCUAGCAGUAUUUGCUUCUACAGUUCUGGCACAGCUUGGAGCACUUUUUAUACUAAAAGAAAGUGUGGAACGGUUUCUGGAACAACCAGAAAUUCACACGGGCCGAUUGUUGGUUGGUACCUUUGUGGCACUCUCUUUCAACCUGUUUACAAUGCUUUCUAUUAGGAAUAAACCUUUUGCUUAUGUCUCUGAAGCUGCAAGUACAAGCUGGCUUCAGGAACAUGUUGCAGAUCUCAGCAGAAGUUUGUGUGGUAUAAUUCCCGGACUGAGCAGCAUCUUUCUUCCACGCAUGAAUCCUUUCAUCUUGAUUGAACUUGCAGGGGCUUUAGCUCUUUGCAUUACGUAUAUGCUAAUUGAAAUUAAUAAUUAUUUUGCUGUUGAUACUGCCUCUGCUGUAGCCAUUGCCUUGAUGACAUUUGGUACCAUGUAUCCCAUGAGUGUCUACAGUGGAAAAGUAUUGCUUCAGACAACACCACCUCAUGUGAUUGGACAGCUAGAUAAACUUCUGAGAGAGGUUUCUACUCUGGAUGGUGUCUUAGAAGUUCGAAACGAACACUUCUGGACAUUGGGAUUUGGUUCUCUGGCUGGAUCAGUGCAUGUGAGAAUUCGAAGAGAUGCCAAUGAACAAAUGGUACUUGCUCAUGUGACCAAUCGGUUGUAUACAUUAGUGUCUACAUUGACUGUUCAGAUUUUCAAAGAUGACUGGAUCAGACCUACCUUGGCCUCUGGACCUAUUACAACCAAUAUGCUGAAUCUUUCAGACCAUCACAUCAUUCCAAUGCCACCUCUAAAGACUGCAGAAAACUCUAACGCUGCUACAUCUACUCCAGCUAAACCAAACAGUCCACCUCCAGAAUUCUCUUUUAACACACCAGGCAAAAAUAUGAAUCCGGUCAUUCUCCUGAAUACUCAGACAAGGCCCUACAGACUAGGCUUCAACCAUGGAGCAGUACCUUACAGCAGUACCUUCACUCAAGGAUUUGGAGUCCCUGGGAUGGGGCCAACCCAGGGAUUCAGGACUGGUUUAAUAAAUGCCCCCCACAGAUAUGGAACUGGCCCUCGUGGUCAGUCUAGGCCCUAAUAAACUAUUUUCCAUAUUUAUUGUUUAUUUUUCAGGUAUUUUAUUGUUCACUUUUUUCUACAAGACUAUUUGAAUUUUCUAAAUGACUGGGAUCAAAUAUUUCCAAUCAUGCAAAUGUGUGGUCAUGGUUUCAUGUAAUAUCUCAUACAGUUAUUGCUCCCUGACUGUAAAAGUUGUAACUUUACAUGCAGUGAGCUUACUCAUAUUUUAUUGCUGGUUUCGUAAAAGAUUCCAUUAUAUAUUAAUGGAACUCCAAAAAACAACAAAUUUGCUUGAGAGUGAGAUUCUGUAUUGUUUUCUCAACCUGAUGAUGAUGAUGAAGAGAGUGCUGUCUAUUAGCAAAUUUCUCUAAAAUUUCUUUGCCUGUGAUGUAAUCAUAUGAUCAUUUUAAAAAGUUAUUUUUCCUUAAUUGGAACAGUGUGUAUCAUAUGAAAAUGAGCAUUUGGAGGUCCAACAGAGGUCCUGAAAUCCAAUAAAUAUUUUAUAUGACUGCCAGGUUUACAAGAGGUAGCAACUCA